AUGUUUUACAGUCACGAAAUUCUUACGUCACGUAAAUAUGGUGUGGCGACUGUGUGGCUCGUUGCAACCCUAGGUGCCAAAUCAAGCCUGAAGCGCAUCAACCGCAAGCAAAUUCUCGACGUCGAUGUAUCCAAAGCAUGCCAAACCAUCAUCGAUCCAGUAGCUCCUCUGGCUUUACGUUUACAGGGAAACUUGUUAUAUGGACUAUCGCGAGUGUAUCUACAGCAGUGCGGAUAUAUUCUUUCUGACGCACAGAAUGCUCAACUUGCUCUGAGAAUGGCCUUACGGACAGUUCAAAAUACCGAGCUUGAUCCAACUGCCGGCAAAGCCAAUCCAGAGCAACUCAUGCUACAAGAUGAUCCCUCGUUCCUCCCCGAUUUUGCUCCUCCUCCACCAGAACUACUCACUGAUCUAGACUGCAACUUCAACCUCGACAUAACACACUCCGGCGAGUCACAGUCUUUGACACCGUUUGGCUCUCAGCUAUAUUCAUCUUCUCCUCAUGUUGGGACUGCAGGUGGUCUUGUUCUCCCUACUUCUUCCCCUGUAACUCCAGGCGGCUUUAGAUUCGAAGGCGACUAUGGAACAGGCAGCAUUGGUGACCACAGUGCCAUGCUUGGAGCCGGCGACACAAUCGAAAUCGGAGACCCAGAUUUUGAAUUUGGGGAUGAUGGCGAGAUCAUUCAGCUGUCGCCAAGUACUGUGUCGCUCAGAACCCCGGCCACGCCUGCACGUGCGCCCAGGUCUGGGGAUGCUGGUCAGAAUGAUAAGGUGAGAAAGGAACCUCUACAGGGACAACAGGCUCUUGAUCAGUUGCCAGACGAUGAGAUGCAUAUUGCGCUUCCCGGCGAAGAAGACGUUCUUCCCGAAGGCGGCAAUUAUUUCUCAAGUGGCGCGCUACAGUCUCAAGAGUCUUUAGAAGUGGUAGAAUCAUCGGAAACCUUGACCGCUCCCAUGCGCCGACGUCGAGUUCCACGCGCCAUUCCUGCAGAUACAGCAACGGAACUUCGUAAUAAGGACCUGAUAGACUGGGGCGCGAACUAUCUCAAGAACAUGAAGGCUGCCACUCAACAGAAGAUUCAUAAUCGUGCUCUAACACAAGCAAAGAAAAAUGCUGAGCAUUAUGUAUGGGGGUCUGGACUAGGUGGUAUUGGCCAUCGUAUUCCUAGACGCGAAGGUUAUAGUCCAUUCGAAAUGUUCAUGGGUGACAAACUCUUCGAGACUAUCACUGGCAUGAGUCGCAAAGUAACCGGACGAAAGCAUGAUCGCGAUAGCGGCAUUGACGAUGCUACGCAAGAACAGGCCCGUCGUGUACGCCAGAAGAGUGGUGAGCCUGAAGCUGCUCGAGCUGCCGAUGACGAAGGAUUCUCUAUGCCUCUCGGAGACGACGAAGCUGCAGUUGAACUGCCUCGUGAAGCAGCCCCUGCUCUCGAUGAUCAACACAUCUUUUCUGCAAUGCCAUGGAACAUGAGUGCUUCUGCUAGAAGUUCGUCAGCCAUUCCUCGCAGUAGGCGUAUCGGCAUGACUGGCUCAGCCGAUCACAGAAGACAUGGAAGUCGCCUGGUAUCCGCCUCUCCACUGCAUGGACGAGGUCAGUCUAUUCCGUUUGAUUUGAAUAAUCUCACAAGCGACGCAGAUUUUGCGGGCGAUGGAUUUGGACUUCCAGGACUCAGCUCCGAUUUUCCUGAGGUAGCAGCUCUUCCAAAUACCGACUCACAGCUACCUAAAGUACUUUCCAUCGAAGGCGAAAACUUCAUCACCUACAUACGCGAGAAGAUGAAAGAGAAGCGAGAUCGCGAGCAGAUAGAGACAGGCGUUGCGACCGAUGCUGAGGAAAUUACCUUUGAAGAGCUACUUCCGCCUGCGGAGAAUACAAAAAUGGUUGCUUGCCACGGUCUCAUGAUGGUUCUCACAUUAGGCACAAGAGAUAUGCUCGACAUACAGCAGUCAGAGCACCUCGGUGACAUCCAUCUUCGCUUGUCUGAGAAAGCCAGGGUGCUAGAAAUCAUUGAGAUUAGCGAUGGCGAAGAGUCUGAUAGGGACAUGGAAGAGGAAGAAGAUGAGGAGUUGGAAGACGAAGGACAUUUCCAGGAACAGUUUGCUGCUGGACAUGCUGCCCAGGUAGAAGAUGAUCACGAGUCUCUCUAUGAUGAUUGA